UAAGGAACCGGAAGUUAUGUUUGCAGAGUUCAUAAUGUCGCAAUUAAUGUACGAUAUUUUCAACUCCAAGUUGACCUGAAAGUUCUGUGAGCAUUGACAGUGAUUAUCGCCAGUCAUGGAGGAAAAGUUAGGGCCGCCUGCGACCGCUGACACGGUGGCAGCUACAUGCCCUCCUCCCUCGUACGAGGAGGUGAUGGGCCAUCAAACCGUUGGAUCUGCCAAAACCACAACAGCAGCGGAUUUACCUCCCUUGUCUUAUAUAGACAUAAUGCCCAGGCUCAUUGACCGCGGUAACAUGGACAGAAAAGUUACUCCUCAGUUUGAUAAAUUCAGUGUGGUCGUUCAAGCUGCAAACAUGUGGCUUGUUGGAAACCCUUUGUACGCAGUGUGGAAAUGUGAAACAGUGGAGCGGAAAGUGGACAAGGGAACGGUCAUCGUGAUGGAGAAUAUGGUAUACCACGAGGCCACCUACGGCUUCAACGUGUACAUACGGGGGCUAAG